AUGGAGCAUGAGCAGUCUCGUCGACUGGGGAAGCGCUGCGUAAUAUUAAUUGUCAUCGUUGUCCUUAUUGUAAUCGGCGCCGUGGUGUUGGGACUGACUCUCAAAAGUGGAUUUGAAUCUACAUUUUUGUCUAGGUGUGAGAAGUUCAGUCAGUAAUCAAUGAUUGAUCUAUAUGACUGUAAAGAGUUAUGGGAUCUCUUUCAGCAGGCCUAUGUGAACAAGGAUCCAUGUAACGUGCCAGUGGAAGCUUAUAAUCCCCUGAUUGCUGCAGCCCCCUUCAAACCUCAGUGCAACAAAAUGAUGUUCUGGAGCAAAACAAAGGAUGUGGUCCAUGGUUUCACUGCAAAGAGAAAGGAUUGUUUUGUCACUUUGGAGGACACUCUGUUGGGAUCUGUCCUGGAUGAUCUGACGUGGUGUGGAAAAGAAGGCAGCAAGGAUACCUUCACUACUGGGUGUCCUGGAUGGUCAGAGUGUGAAAACAACCCUGUUCGCUCAUUUUGGAUUUGUGCCUCUGCUGCUUUUGCAGAUGUUGCCUGUGGUGAUGUCACGGCAAUGCUAAGUGGAUCCAUCAACACACCAUUCAAUCCUGAAAGUAUUUUUGCAAGCGUUGAGGUGCCGAGGUUUAAAUCCCCUAGGAUCAAGAAGCUGGAUGUUGUUAUGGUCAUACAGAAAAACGCCAUAUCAAACUGUAAUCAUUCAUCCUUGAAGAAUUUGAUGCAAGCGCUAGAUAAAGGGAUAACAUACAGCUGCAAAGACGUGUCUAAAUCUCGGAUUCAGGAAUGUGGUGCCAAACCAGAGAUAGCGUGUGGAGCCUGCUGGUGAAGAUGUUUGAUGUCAGUCACAACAUACUAGCAUUCAGCCACAGAAACAUUUCUAGUGCUUCCUUUUAACUUUUUAAAUAAAAUUUGAGAAUUUUUGUACAGGUAAAAUGUAUUUUUCAAAACAUGUAUGUUUCUAAUACAUUCCACUAUGACAAUGUACAUUUUAAUUUUAUGGGAUCUGAAGUUAAACUUCUUUGUUUUUUUAACUAAACAAAUUGAGUACCAUAGAUGCCAUCUCCUCGUUGGCAGAAUAUGCACUAUUUUUUUCAAUAAAAUGCUGAUUAAAUGUUAUUUGUUUCAAUUAAUGUUUUCGAGUCAUUUUAAACAUGUACAUUUCUAAAAACAUACCUAG